UCUCGGUUGGGCGGCGUUCGUGCCACUUCGCGUUUAGAGCGCAGAGCGAAGACCCGCACGCUUACUGCUCAGAGCGACUCCGAGAGAGAUCCACACACACACAGAGAUUCACACACACAGAGAUUCACACGUAAAUUGUCACAGACAGAUUUACACACACAGAGACUCACACACACAGAGAUUCACACACAGAGAUUCACACAUAAAUUGUCACACCGACUGAUUUACACACACAGAGAUACAUUCACACAAAUUCUCACAGAUUCACACACACAGAGAUUCACAUAGAGAGAGAUACAAAGAUACACACUUCGAGAUUCACACAGACAUACACACGAGGCAACGGCACACACAGAGCCACACGGAGACAGAGAGAUAACACAGAGACACAUCAUAGAGACUCGGAGAUAGAAAUACGGCGAGAGGCUUAGACAUUACACAUACACGCAGAGGCACCCAGAGACGUAGAGAAACACACAGAGCUACAGAUACGCAAGGACACACAGGGACACGAGACAGAGAGUCGGGGACAAAUACACACACAGAGACCUAGAAAGACGCGCAGACACACACACAGAGAGACACACAUACACAGAGACCUAGAGAUACGCGCAGACACACACAGAGACACACAGAGACCUAGAGAGACGCGCAGACACACACGAACGCACAAAGACAAAUUGCACAGACGCACACGAUCUAUACACCGGGAGGCAAGUGCUGUUAGCAACCACCUAUUAUUAGACAGACACGUGGCGUGUGCAGACACACAGACACACAUCGACGUACACACAACACGCACAGACACAAAAGGCACCAAGUGACGACGGCGCAGGUUACAAAAAUAGACUUUGCUGAAUUCGUCGAGUUUGCAACCAUCGCUGCGACAAACACCACCAACGGGACGGAUAUUACGAAUUAAAUAGAGUGCGCGCACACACACACACCACACAGAGAUACAGGCUGCAUGCAUACACAUCGUGGAGUGUAUUGAUAUCGUAGACCACACCGCACACACACACACACCCGCCGUCGCCGUGCGUGUCUUUGGUGGAGUCCUAAUUGGUGAACAAAGCCAGGAAUCGAUUCGCUCGCUCACUCGCUCGCCCACACAAGAGUCGUCCAGCCAUGGCGAGCGCGAACAACGGCAAGCAGCGUGAGGAGUCGCCUGCCCUCAAGUUUAUCAGCCGGGAAGAGGCGGUGGCGAUCGACAAGGAGCUGAGAGAAGACUACGGCUUCACGCCAGAGCAGCUCGUCGAGAUGAUGGGCAUGGCGGUGGCGCACGCCAUCACCAGGGCUUUCCCUUUGGCCUCGUUGCCCCGCAAGCAACCCACGGGCCUGGUGAUCUGCGGGCCGGGCUACAACGGAGCGUGCGGCCUGGCCUCGGCACGCCACCUCAAGAUGUUUGGGUACGAGCCGACCGUCUUCUACGUGAAGCGGUCCGUGAAGCCGCUGAGCCAGGCGCUCACCACGCAGUGCGAGAAGCUCGACAUCCCCUUCCUCUCGUACCUCCCCACCGAGGUGCAGCUGAUCAACGACGCCUACUGCUUCGUGGUGGACGCGGUGUUCGGCACGGGGCUGCGUGGCGAGGUGCGUGAGCCCUUCCUGAGCAUCAUGAACACGCUGCGCCAAGUGAAGGCGCCCGUCGCGAGCGUGGACGUGCCCUCUGGCUGGGACCCGGACUUGUGCGGGAACGGCUCAGCGUGCCCAGGGGCGACUGGCACCGCUGGGCCCGCUGGGGCACUGCAGCAGCAGCAGCAGCUGCAGCAGCUACAGCUGCAGCCCGAUGUUCUCGUUUCGCUGGGGGCUCCCAAGCGGUGCGCUGAGCGCUUCGCGGGGCGCCUGCACUUCCUGGGAGGGCGCUUCCUCCCGCUGGACAUUCACAAGAAGAUGGAGCUGAACCUGCCCGAGUACCCUGGCACGGACUGCAUCGUGCCACUGCUCUAGCCCCGGACAUCGACGGCAGCAGCAGCAGCAGCAACAAUAGCGGUGGUGGAGUUAUCCCUGGUGCCUGCCUGCCUGCUUGCAUGUGUGUGUGUGUGUGCUAACGGCACUUGCCCCAAUAGUCUGUUAAGGCUAUACGGGGGAUCUUUGUCUUCGUCUUUGUCUCGACGAGUGUCAGUCUGAAGGCCGCCCCAGAUGCGGUGAUGUUUGCUGGGAUCUUUGUCUUUUGCGUGUGUGUGGGUAUGUGUGUGAUGUUGGCCACCCACCCCCUCGUGUGCCGUGCCGGCCUUCAUAGGUGCUCGUGAACAGCACUUGCCCCAGCCGUCUGUUAAAGGCUACACAGGGGAUCUUUGUCUUUGGGGGAGCGGUAGUGCAGCGGUUAGCGCACUGCGCUACGAAACCCGACGAACCGAGUUCAAUUCACGCUCUUGGCCACCAACACCGGUGACGAUUAUCUGAACCGGUCCCGGGCCUCCCCUAGGUCGAUUCGGCCUCAAAUGAGCACCUGGUGCUAUGUGGAAACAUCACUGCUGGAGAGACAAAGGUGGCCGGGCGUGGUGCCGGCCACCCAGCCCCUCGCCAACAGCAAGGGGCUGGGUGGCCAGCGGCCGUCGCUUGCGUUGCGAUCGAAACGUCGUCGUUUUUUGUUGUUUUAUUUUAUUAUUCCUUGAAACCUAUCUACGUGACUUUACCGAAAGGCCCAAAUAAUAUGAAUUCCUGCAGUCACGAAAGCUCCAAGUCAAUAAUGUGUGUAUGUACAUAAAAAAAUAAAAAUCCAUACAUUUCCAAUCCACCAAUGGACCAAAGCCCCACGCCCCCCCUCCGCCACCAACUCUUAUUCCGUAGGAUUAUCGAACUUUAAUUUACUGGGCUGGUCAGUUCAUGUUGACUGAAUGGGGGGGGGGGGGGGGGGAAGGGAGAGCAAGGGGCAAGACUAAUUCUGAAAUCUCUCACCGCCAAUGUUAGCCGUGGGCCGAGAGAGUUAACAAAAACACGCAAACUCCCGGUUCACCGGGGCUCAUCGCGCAGAGCGCCGCUCCGUCACUGCGUGCGAGUUAGCGAGCGCCUAUUAACACCGGCAGGGUGAACAAAACAUGGGGGGUGGUUUCGGCCAGCCCCAUGCCCGGCCGCCUUUGUAUUCCCAGUGCUGAUGUUUGCGCACCGCGUAAGUUGCUCAUUUAUAGCUAAGUCGACCUAGGUGGAGGACUGGUACAGAUAAUUGCCACUGAUGUUGGGUGCUCGCUAAGAGCACUUGACCCACAGGCUGAUAGAGGGCACACGGGGGACCUUUGCCUUUCUUGAUGUGUGUGGGAAGUGGUGGUCCAGUGGUUAGCGCACUGUGCUUCGGACCCAACGACUUUGGUUCAAUUACUCACCAAGGGUUAAUUUCAGUGGCGAGUGAUACCCGUGGCCCGAUUGGACAUCUCCUAGGUCAACUGGGACGUAAAUGAGCACUUGGUGUACAGGUGCGUAAAGUAUCAGCACUGGGGAGACAAAGGCGGCCAGGCUUGGUGCAGCCCACACUACCCCUUUGUGUGCCCAUCCAGACUUAAUAGGUGCUCGCGAACAGACCUUGCCUCAACUGUUAUGUUAGGCUUUCAAGGGGGGGUCUUUGUUAAUGCAUUUGCGAUACUAGGCUAGGUAUGAAUCUGGAAUCAUAUUUGUAGCAUUGUUUUGUUGGUCUCUACAUAAUAGAGUCUCAAGAGAAUUAACUUAACAAAAUGGUGUCUGAUGGGGUCUCUAGACAAUAGAUUGACCGUCUAUUGUCUCUAGACAAUAGACUGACCGUCUAUAGACAAUAGACUGGCUGGUCUCUGAUGGGGUCUCUAGACAAUAGACUGACUGUCUAUUGUCUCUAGACAAUAGACUGGCUGGUAUCUGAUGGGGUCUCUAGACAAUCGACUGACCGGUCUCUGAUGGGGGUUUCCAGACGACUUACAGACUGACAGUGUACAGCGUUUUUGAUCACCACGUAAAUGCAACCGAGCAGUCAAGAAUUUAGUCCUGGGACUCAGAUAACCCCGUUAUUUCAGACAUCUGCCUUUUUCAAAAUCCACCCCGCCGACCACACACACAGUUGGCUAAUUGCGGCUGAGUGGACCAACAUUAAUAAAUUAAGAAAACAUCUUCAGCGCCGCAAGGAAACAGCUUGCAAUGCACGCAUGCGUAGCCUGAUACGAGGGUUGUGAGAGUGUUUGAGUUUGAGGGAGUGUGUAUGUGUGCGUGCGUGUGUGUGCGUGUGUGUCUGUGUGUGUGUGUCUGUGUGUGUUGGGGGGGGGGAGCGGCGGUGUAGCUGUUGGCGAUUCUCGCUCACGGCUUACCAACACCCAGUGAUGAUUGUCUGAAGCGGUCCUGGGCCUCCCUUAGGUCGACUCAGCCUCUAAUGAGUACCUGGUGCGGUGUGUAAACAUCGUCACUAGGGAGACAAAGACGGUCGGGCGUGGUGCUGGCCACCCACCCCCUGGUGUGCUGUGCCGGCCUUCAUAGGUGCUCGCUAACAGCACUUGCCCCAACACUCUGUUCAAGCUGCACGGGGGAUCUUUGUCUUUUUUGCGUGUGUGUACGCGCGUGUGUGUACGUGUGUGUACGUGUGUGUGUGUACGCCUGUGUGUACGCGUGUGUGUGUACGUGUGUGUACACGCGUGUAUGCGCGCGUGUGUGUGUACGCCUGUGUGUGUACGUGUGUGUGUAUACGCCUGUGUGUGUGUGCGUGUGUGUGUAUGCCUGUGUGUGCGUGUGUGUACCUGUGUGUACGCGUGUGUGUACGCGUGUGUGUGUACCUGUGUGUGUGUGUGCGUGUGUGUGUACGCCUGUGUGUGUGCGUGCGUUUACAGGGUCCGUUAAGUGAUCGCCACGAUGGUGUGCCAGUUGAUAAUAAUUUAGGCUGAAUACUAGUUACCUUGCACCUGUUUGGUUGUGAUAUUUUUAAUUUUACAUUUUCUCCACCCCCCCCCCCCAUUUGUCCAAUUCAUUCUAUAAACGUCGGAUUGUGUUUUUUGUGUUUUUUGUCCUUGAAAAACGGCCUGGAGUUUGAGACGUCUGAACGAACGUUCUCAAACCGGAAUUUGUUGUUAUUGUUGUUGUUUUUAAACAACCAAAAACAUAUUUUUCACGUGAUUAUUAACCGAGGUUUAGCAGCCAAUAGUAAAGUGGCAGCACCAACGCGAUCACCGAAAUUCUCCGCAUCAUGAGACGCAACGGAAAAGGGUGCCCAGUGCCAAUAAAGUUACAUAAAUCACUCCGAUACAAAGGCAAAUGUCCCCUGU